GUUUCAGAACGUGCCGUGCUACUUUUUGGCCUGCAACAAAGUGCAUUUUGGCGAAAUGUUGAAAAAUUAUUUAAUUUUCAUGUGUCUUGUGUUUCAUUUUACAAGAGUGUGUCAUGGAAGUGUUGUACCGCCAUCAAAUAGUUUAGAGAAAGCAGGGAGCAGUUUAAGUUCUUUACUUUAUGAUUUUCUUUCAAUUUUGUUAUAUGACGAACUCGAUGAUGACGAUGAUGAUUAUAAUAAAAAUAAUAAACCAAAUCAAAAACAUGAAAUCCAUCGUAAUUGCAAUGUAACCAUUACACAUUAUGGACAACCAAAACCGAAUCCAGCAGCAAAUAUAACUACAGGAAUGGAUAACACAAAUACAGCAAAUAUAACUACAGGAAUGGAUACAACAAAUACAACAAUGACUAAAUAAUCAGAUGCUAAAACAUCCAAAACCGCAUAACCAGCUAAUAAAAUACACAACAUAAAUACAGAAAUACCAGAACCUAAAACACCCAUCGACCCCAUAGCUAAUGAAGAAAAACCUAAUGAAGCCAAUGUAAGAGACAUUAACGUUGCAAAGGAAACGUUAGCAGAUGACCAACGUGACCACUCCAACCGAGAUCGAUAAUGAACCCACAAGAUCCCUACCUCCAGCACCGGUUCCACUUGAUCCAUUAUUGGAGCCAUCAGAGAGCAUACCUUCUGUGGAGGCAUUAACAUCAGAGGAAAAUGUGUAGAUAUCUAUGAAUAUAAAUAAGAUAAGGAGGGAAAGAAAGAACAAUAAUUAAAACUUAAAAUCAAAUGUACUACAUAAAAUAGUUAUGGCUUUAUGCGUCAGCAAAAUAGAAAAACAUUUUUUCUUGCAGUUAAAAAGGCCCUUAUUUUUAUGUGUUUUCCAAUAAUAAUCAAAAAAAAUCUAAAUACAUCUUUGUGCAUUUUACACCAACACCUCAGUGAACCUGC